GUUCUUACUCCGCCAGGGUAGUGCUUUCUCUAGUGGGCGGACCAUAGCGGUGACAGCGACGCUCGGAGUCUCCCGACAAACUGUCAAAAAAGCAGACAACUAAAGCCAUGGCGGAGUUAGACUUGAGUCUGAGCGACGCUCUGGUGGACGGUGCUCCGCAGCAGGGUCCUGAAAACCUGGUGGAGAGGGACUUUGUGGCUCAGUUGGAGGCAGAGACCUACGACGAUCAGGUCGGGGAGACGGUUGGCAAGACGGACUACAUCCCCCUGCUGGACAAUGACGAUGCCAGUGCAGGUACUGCAUUGGGAAAUGGACAACAGCAAGCUCAGGGGGUGCAAAAGCCCGCUUGUAAGCCAACCACAGGGGGGCAGACAUCAAUGUUGCACCCAGAGAGUCAGGGAGACAGGAAUUCUCACAAACUCAACCAGCAGCAGGUCUUAGCGGCGGACUUCUUAUCUGCCUCCAUGACCGGUUAUUCUGACCCUCUGACCUCCCUUACCGACCCAGUCCAAAUGAUGCACUCAGGCCUGGCCUUGGGAAUAUUCUCAGGUUUCUCCCAGCCUGCAGGCCCAGGCGUGAAUAUGGAGGUUGGGUCUACACCCCUCCCGGCAGCGAAACCUCCAAGUAUCGCCGACCCUCUGCAACCCGCACCCUCACCAGGGUCAGACGUGCCCCACAGCCCCAUGCUGCCUGAACCACAAGCUCCUCGCAGCCCCCUGGACCUGUCAGCAGGUGCUUUAGGUGACUGCUGGCCAGACCCGACUGGGUGCCUUUUGGCAGACCUACCUUUCACCCCCAGUGUUGCCUCUGUGAUCAGUCGCCACGCUAACAGUCUCGCAAUGACCCGUGACGACGCACCAGAUACCUGGCCCAGCAGGGAAAGCCCCGCCUACGCCGGAGGUGACGAACGGGACGGAGACGAAUCGGACCGAAAACAGAAGAAGAAGAAGAAAAGGAGACAGAAAGAAGAAGGCUCUUACGAGCACUUCGAAAGCAGCGCCCACCUUGAUGUGCAACCACAGGGAGAACACUCCGCCCCUGCAGAGCUCCCCUACCAAAGAACUGACCCAAAAAGUGGAGAUGGUGGCUGGGAGGAACAAAUUUGGAAGAGUGGAGGGCGAAGUAAGAAGGGGAAGAGCAGGAAGAAGAUUCCGGAAGAGUGGGAGGUGUCCCCUGAGCAAUUUGGCACUUCAUCCACUGAUACUUCUAAAAUAACGCAAGAUGUGAUGAAGGAUCUUGGAAGUCCAGCUCUGAUGAGCAUGGACGUCGCCUUUCCUGCCACAGAUGCCAACCAGACCUCCUGGAAAAAGGAGAUAUUCACAGAGGAGGACCAGGUCCCUGCUUCCCUAUCCCAUGAUCUCUUACCUCCUGCGACUGUUCCCAUCAGCCCACUCGUCCUGAACAGCGAGCUGAAAGCCACAGCAGCUCCAUUCACCAUGCCCUCACCCAUCUGCACAGGACCGGUAGGCUCCUUCGCCACGGCUCAGAGUCCCGAUGAAUCAUUCCAACUGCUGAUUGAUACGAGAAACACCGACGUGGUUGACAGCGGGAUGCAAGCGAUGCCCGAGUUGGAUACCUCCGCUUUUAGCCUUUCUCCACAGCCAAGCUCCGGCCUUUCCCCAGACGGUGCGGUGUUGGCAUCCGCCCCGCCCCUGUCACCUUCAGAUGCUUCAUGGCUCCUGAACAACUCCCACAUGAGCAGCAAUAACGACCUGUUUGACUUCAGCGACAUGAGCGCGCCAAGUCCAGGCCUGGCAUUCGACACCCCGAGCCCGGUCCCGCUGCGCUCCCCGAAAACCACAGCGCAGCAAUUCCAAACCAAAGAGCACAAAAAUGACCUGAAAGAAUCCAAGAAGUCACAUUCUUCUCCCGUUAAGAGUCCCACGUCCUCAUUCGUGUCGCAAGAAUCCCCAGGUAUCAGCCCCUCAUCCUCCCCAUCAGUAAACCCUCCUGGAAUUCCAGGAUCUGGUCUUAAUCCUGCAGCAAAGCCCUUCUUUCCCAGUUUUGCCGAUUCCAUGGAACAACCAACUGUGGUUGCCCCCAUCAUCGAAGACAACAAGGCCAAGUUGGACAAGAAGGAGGAGAAGCUGGAGGUGGGCCCUCCGGAUAAAGCUGAGCAGAAGAGCGUGAAGGUUGAAUUUGCAGUCAGUGAGGCGGCAGCUAAGGUGGAGAAAGACAUAGACAAACAAAAAGAAACCGAACUGUGGCGUGAACCUGAAAAGGUUCACGAGAAGGAAAAAGACGCAGAAAAGUCGAAAGAGGGAAAACAGACUGGAAAAGCAGAAGAAGAGAAAGCCGCAGUAAAAGUUCAAGAGGUAAAAGAACCGGAAAAGAUUCCUAAUGAGAAAGAGACAGUUAAAGUUAAAGAAGAGAAGGAGUCAGAAAAGAUGAAAGAGAAGCUACCAGAGAAGGUUGAAGAAAAGACAAAAGAGUCAGAGAAAGUAGAAUUAGUCCAGCAGAAAGUGGAAAAUAAAAGUAACAAAGCCGAGGAAACAGCAGACAAAAUGGCAAAGACAGACAAGAUUUCAGACCAGGAGGAAAAGGCAGUAAAAGUGGUGAUGACAGACAAGGAUGAAAACGCAAGUGCGGACAACAAAAUCACAGAGAAGGCUGAAAAAACGAUGGACAGCAAAGAGCAACACGUUGAACACAAGCCGCCGACACCUGUCAAGCUUGACGCCGCUCCUGACGGGGCGGAAAAGACGGCUGGCAUGCCGGCUGAUGCGGACAAAGCCGAGAAAGCGCGGGUCGAGGAUGAACUGCAGAAACUCACUGAGAAGCCGGCGGAGGAGGGAAAGCAGAUAAGCCAUAAAGUGGAGAAGCAAGACAAAAUACAGGGUGAAAAAAAGACUGUGGAGAAAAAGGAUGACAAAAAGGAAAAGGCUUUGAAGGCAGAAGGAGGCGACAAGGCCAAAAAAGCAAAACCUGUCACCAACGGGAGCAGUGGAACACCAGGAAAAGACUUGGCAAGUGCAGACAAAAAGACGAAGCCUGCUGCUGCUGGGGCAACCAAACCGAGCGGCGCCGCCAAAACACGGCAGGUCACAGCCGCUGCUGGUAGUGGUUCUGCUGCAGCACCUACUAAGCGCCCCACACCCUCAUCAACCACUUCCAUCUCAGAUAAAAAAAACACAGCCAGCAAGGCCCCAUCGACAGCCACCUCUGGCCCAAAGCGGCCUGCCUCCAGUACUGCCGCCCGCCUCUCGUCCUCAGCCACUACUACCACUACACGUGAUGUCAAACCCAAGACACCCACAGAGAAGCGCCCCACUGUGCCAAAGGCCAGCACCGCCACCUCGAGUCAAGCAGGCUCGUCUGCUGCCACCAAAAAUGGAACGACCACAACAUCAACCACGAGAACCACUACAUCGACGCGCACAACAAUGUCAGCUCGCGGCGCCGCCACCGCCGCCGCCGCUUCCAAAAAGCCGCUGGCCUCUAAGACAGACAGCCAACCGGGUGGGGAGAAGAAGCCCAGCACUCUCAAGACUUCCACAGCUGAUUCUACCAAGCCCAAGACCACCACCACCACUACAACUCGGACUUCCAGUUCCACUGCAACCACUGCCUCUCGCGCCCGAACUGCAGCCACCAAAACGGCCGCACCUUCCUCCACCACUGGCGCGGUAUCGGAGAAGAAGCCCGCGGUACCUCGUGCCCCCAGGACCACGUCUUCAGCUGCAGCUACCACCACAACCAGCUCCUCAAGGACCGCGGCUCGCCCCGGCACCGCAUCGGCUCCCGACAUCCGGAACGCUCGCUCUAAGAUCGGUUCUACAGACAACAUGAAGCACCAGCCAGGCGGUGGGAAGGUGUCAGCUGCCUCUAAGAGCAGGGGCCUCGCCUCCAAAGAAACAAGCCAGGUCAAAGUUCAAAUAGUCUCCAAAAAACUGGACUUCAGUCAUGUCGGCGCACGCUUGGGCUCCAAGGACAAUAUGAAGCAUGUUCCUGGUGGAGGGAAUGUGCAGAUCCUCAACAAGAAGGUGGAUUUGAGUAAGGUGACGUCGAAGUGCGGCUCCAAGGACAACAUCAAACACAAGCCUGGUGGUGGCGUCGUGAAGAUUGAGUCACACAAAGUGAACUUUAGGGAAAAAGCUCAGUCCAAAGUGGGCUCCAUGGACAACGUGAGCCAUUCACCUGGCGGAGGGAAUGUCAAGGCUGAGGGGGCGCAGGAGACAGGAGAGGGGGUUGGGACCCCAUCCCCAGCGCCUGGCCCAGAGUCUGGGCAGGUGGGGAGCCUUGCUGCCCAUGAGAAUGGGCUGAAGGAGGGGGCUCCCUGUGAUAGUGAGGGCCUCCAGGAGCCCCAGGCUCUGAUUUCCCACAUCCCAGAGACAAAUUGACUCGUUCAAGCUGAACUUCCGCGAGAAGGCUCGCUCGCGCACGGACCACGGCGCCGACAUCAUCGCCCGGCCCGCCCCUCGUGAUGACAACCGACCCCACCCACGUGGUCCCUCCUGUAGCAGCGUGUCGCUUAGUGAGAAGUUGGCCUCCGCGGGCUGUGUCGGCUCCCCCUCCGCCCCCUCCUCGCUGCGUCUUCAGGAGGAGGUCCAGGGGGACAGCAGCACCUUAAAGGGAUCUUAGCUCCUAACCCAUUUGCGCCUAUCCAGCAUGCAUCAUGCACCACUGCAUCCGGUUCUUGCCACCCCUCUCUUCUAUGCUUACAGUAUCUGCCGAGACCUCACAGACUGUUAUAAUGGGAAACAAGGGGCGUGCAUUUUUGUUCACAUCUUCUCCAAAGACAGUGAUGAGGGUUUGUUGGUUGCCCAAUCUUGGUACCCUGCCUCCUUCCUCUCCAACUACAACAGCUAGUUCGUUGAGCCUCUUGUCAUAUACAGUACACAGCCCCCCCGUUCCUGUUGACCCUUUGGGCUUGUUGUUUCCGGUAAUCACAGUAGUCUCUCUGCUUACGUAUGGUUCACUUCAUCAUGACAUCUUUACUCGUAUCCUAGCAACGUAAACAAGCUAACAUUUUAGACUGUUUAACUCUUUGUGAUCGUGUGAGUGACAAACAUAAAAACAAGCUUUUAAUGGAAGUCCUUUUUACUUGCGUUGGUGACCUCUUAGCUUCUUAAUUCAAAGCUUAUUCAUAUAUCAGCAGCACAAACAUCCCGUGUCAGCUUUUUGUACACUAAGGACGGGCUUCGAACUCUUUCCAGUGGGACGGACAGAAAAAUAGAGGACGCUAAAACCAGUCCAAUGUACUGUAGGUCAAAAUUUGCUCAACUAUCUGAUCAAAACAUCCACAUUUUCGCUUUGUGUUGUAGGUGGCAAAGCAAAUUAGUGUAAUACAGCGCAAACAGCUGUCGUCAACCCGUUUAUGCCGACCACCAGGAGUGAAAUGUGGCGCGUUACGAUGCACUGAUCUGGAAGUCUCUUCAGUCGCCAUUGUUCGCUGCUACAACACAGGACACUAAGUAGCUGGUCCAUGAGAGCUCAGGAAAACACUGCCCCCUAGACCUUUGGUAGAGAAUUGCAAGUGACGAGCGCAGCCUGACUCUUGAUUCCACUUUUACAUAUUUGAAGCUUUUUCGAAAAAGUAACGUAAUAUGCUAGGUGUUAGCAUGUUAGCUUUUUUGUUUUAGAUAUAAACUUACAUAGACUUAGACUUAGUGUUUUAAUGUUAGGUGUUAACAUGCUAACUUUUAGCAUGUUAACAUUGUUACCAUGCUAACAUUAACAUGUUUGCAUUUGCGCAUGUUAACAUGUAUGCUAACUAGCAUGUUAGCAUUGUUAAUAUGCUACUGUUAGUAUUUAACAUUUUUAGCCAUUUCAUAUGUAUAAACUUAAAUAAAGACUAUUAUGCUAGGUGUUUGCAAUCAAACAGUUAGCAUGUUAGCAUUGUUAGUGUGCUAAAGUUAGAAUGCUAAAGUUAGAAUGUUAGCUUUUUUGUUAUUUUCAAAGGUAUAAACUGACAGUGUUUUUAUGUUCGGUGUUAUCAUGCUAACAGCUAGCAUGUUAAGAUUAUUAACAUGCUAAAAUUAGCAUAUUAGAUUUUUUUGCUAUUUUCACAAGUUUAAACUUACGUAGAUGGUGGUUUUGUGUUAGGUAUUAGCAUGCUAACAGUCUGCAUGGUAGCAAUGCUAGUAUGCUAACAUUAGCAUGUUAGCAUUUUAGAAAUUAUUUCAGGUAUUAUCUUACAUCAUGCUAGGUGUUAACAUGUUAACUGUUAGCAUGCCAACUACAGCAUUUCAGUCCGCUGUCAACUCGUCAGGGCUAGGUGUUUGCAUGCUAACAUUUAAAAUGCGAGCUACUAGCCUCAGCUCGUCAGGACUUGGGCGUGGGAUUCGACAGCGAGUGCAGCAUACAGGACUUCCUAUGUGCACGUUUUAAUGCUGAAAGUGUCAAAAUAAAAGCUUGGCAGUCUUAACAUCAUCUUAAAAAAUGAGGUGCAAGCCUGAAAUGGUCCUCGGGCCGCCCUUUGGACACCAAUUGAUACCGAAUCUCAGGCAUGUGUGCGUGUUAAGGCACACAUGAUGAAAUUGAGAUGGCGUUGAGAAGAUGAUGCUAGGUGUUUUUUAUUCAUGGGAUUGUUACUGAAUGCAUUUAAAAUAUAAUGGAAGUAAGAUUAGCAUUGUCACCUCUACCAAAGGUCCGAAACCACUAGGUGGCGGUGGAAAACUUCCACAAGCAAUGGCUUAAAAAAACAACUUUUAAAAUAGUUUCAUGAAUAACUAGAUGGAAAUAUAUGUAAAUUCAUGUCAUUUUUCAAAAUACGGGUUAUUAGUUUAUUCAAAAAAUUAUAUAGAAAGACAUUUUUUGCUCUUGGGGUCAAAGUGGGCGCACAUGAUCCUUACCUGUCAACAUUUGCAUUUUAAAAUAAGGGAAUUUUUUGGGAAAAUGAGGGAAAAUAAAGGAAAUUCAGUUGGGUUUUUUUGCGGACUUACCACAUCUUGACCCACAUUGGAUUGAUAUUAGCAUGUUUAAUUCAUGAAAACGGGACGCACGCCCAUCAGCUUUUCCAGAUGCGGCUCUCGGUGGAAAAAGUUUGGACACCCCGGCCUUACAUUACAGGAAGUCACCUCAACGUUUUCAUUUGAAAACACACUCCUUACAAAAAUCAGAUGCUUGAGUAAGUGCAUGACAGCAAAGGGGAAGUCAUUUCUGGUCAUUGUUGUUUUAGAGUUUUAGUUUUAAGAUUGCAUUAAACCGAUCCAAACAAAGGCAAAUGUAAACAGAGCAACCCAAUUUAAAUUUUUGAUAUAUAUUUUUGUGAAAGUCAUUACACGGUUUAUAGCGUAAGAGCUGCUGAUUGCAAGGUUUAUAGGCUGCUGAUUGCAAGGUUUAUAGCGUAAGAGCUGCUGAUUGCAAGGUUUAUAGCGUAAGAGCAACGGAUGUCGACCACAGCCUGCAAUAAUGCGCACACAGUGGAACUUCAAAGGUCUGACGUCAUUUGCUCCGGGACGUCACCAUCCAAAAACCUUUAUUAACUUUACAGGCACUGUUGUAAGUAGCAUUUAACAAUUUAGCUGUCCUGCCAGCGUCAAAAUACGUCAAACACCCCCCAAAAUUUUACAUGUGUUUAUGCUUCACUGACAUUUUUGCGUGGGGAUUUCGCACAUUGUUCGGUGUGUUCCGACCCCAUCGCAGCGGGCGCUGAAAAAUGAGGGAUCUUCUGUACAAUUCGACGAGGAAACUACAAAAAAAGGAACAGCAAAAAUGGGGGGCGGGGAAAGUUACAAUGUUGAUACUAAUAACGCUAAUGAUAAUAAUACGUUCUGUGAUCUGUAACGCAAAGCUUCUCAGUAUAUCUAUGUCGGAUUCGCCUCCUUUUUUCAUUUUUAGAAAAUUCAAAAGGGAAAAAUGGCCCCCGCGUUCUUUCUGUUAAAUCUGGUAGGUCGGCACCAGUGCAAGUGGACUGAAACUAUUUCAUUUGCAGGGAAAAGUGAAUUGAUUGUACUUAAUAAUACGCUUGGCCACCUUUCACACAAAGCUGAGAUGCAGGCUGUUUUAUGCGGCUGUUUUAUUGCAUAUAGAAGCAUGAGUUCGGACACCCCCUUUUUCAAGGUUAUCAUCACUUUUUCACCCCUUUUUCAUCACUUUUGGGCCGACGAUGUUUAACUUUAGAGAGUUUUUCCAUAUUUUUUCAUAGGAACAAUGCUCGGAAAAUGAUUUGCCACUGUUUUUAACCCAUAAGAACCUAGACCAAUUUGCGCUUAAGGUAAAAUAACAGGGGCUCUGACACACACCAAGUAGAACACGUGUGUUGUGUUGUGGGGGGGGGUUUUCUCUAAAAUGCUACCAAUUCAUAUCGAAGAUGUGUGACGAUACAUGGUUCAUGGUAAUUGGAUUCCCGUUUUUCUUCUCAGUACAGGAAAUCUGUUUUGAAUUGAACCAAAGAGCAUCUUUUCAUUUAAAAACCAUUGAAAUGAGUGAAAUUUAUUGCGUAAAAUUCCUACUCUUUCCUGUACAUGACUUAAUCUAAGGCAAGCACAAAGCUGUAUAGGACACGGUUUAGGAUAUUAAGACUUUUAAAUGGGUUCUUAUGGGUUAAAAACUCCUGAGUCUUCUCCAGAAAUCGACACUUGGUCGGCACAGCGACAUUUGCACCUUCCUGCUUGACUCUUCUCUCAAAAUCCAAUAACUUUAUUAUGAAGGAUGUUUUUCUCGAUCACAAAUCUGAAGUUAAACCUCUCUUUCCUGUGAAAACUUAAGUUAAGGUCAGAUUUGGGCAUUUUGUUCUUUGGUGUAAUGAAAUGUUCUGUGCCACGGUGGUCCUGUUUUGCGUCACGCCUGUCAUUGGCCGCGUUUUUAGCUUUUUGCCUGUAACCGUUUUAUUUUUUUGUUGGCUUCGAUGCUACUUAUGAGACUGCACACAGAUGUACAUAAGUAUUUUAUUGCGGAUGCUUUCUCAGAAAAGAACACAAACAGCGACAGAUUUGAAGCGGGCGGAGACGGGCUUUGACGUCAUUUUUAAUGUGUUUCCAAAGGGGGGACGGAUGGUUCAUGAUGUAAUCUUAACUAUUCUUCGGGUGGAAAUUACUGUUAUCCUAAACUGUUAGCCUUUUUCAUUUGAAAGGGGCCGUUGAAGUGAAAGAAUGUCUUAGAUACAUUGAACCAUUUUUUUUUUUGUAUUUAUCGUCGUAUUUCUGUGUGCUCUGAUGAGAGAAAGGGUUGAAAACAUUCACAACAAAGGUUGCUCACAAUUUUCGGGAUGGGCAUCAGGACCGAUGAAUUGGCCAUUGAGCACACAACCGGACGAGCGUCGGCUAAGGGAGCUCAACAAAACCAACUUUUGAAAAACAGACGACAGUCAAACAAGCCGGCAUGUGUCAUGAAACACUUCAUGAAGCAAAACACUCAUUUGAAAGCCGAACACUUCGACCUUCCAACGGUCAGGUUGGGGUUUACGAGGUUGACAACGAUGUCAGUUGUGCGGAAUUGAUCGCUGAUCAAUCGCGCCUUGAAACAGUUGAGGCAAAAUGGCUGCAACCGCUCAGUUUCAACUCAAGUGUGGCCUGAAGAACAAUGUCAGCAAUGGGAGGGUGAGCCGCGACCCAAAAGUCGUCAUUUUACUCAAAUUCAGUGAACAAAAACCAGGCUGUGUCUCAAACGCAACAAUUCCGUCAUGUUAGGAAUGGAACAUUUUCCACUCUGUACUGGAAGGGGACUGCAACACAUUCUCAAGACCUUUCACUUGGAACAAAGGCUACCUGUUGUUUUUCAUAAAUCACACAGUUUUAUGAUGAGUUAUCCUUUUUGUCUCCUGGCUGAGACACCCGGCCCCCGAGCCAAGGAUUGGUUGAACCCAGAUCAGACCAAUACACCAACAAACAGUUCACGGGACGUUUCCUGAACAUUAGGACCACCUCCAGCGCAGGUUUAUGACACCGCUCGGACCGUGCUCGACCUCGGCUGGCGGGCAGACCGUUGUCUCCAGCGCUGGCACUGCAAUUGUUUGUUUCUAAUCCUUUUUAAUAUUAAAUUGCCAACCUUACGUAAGGCUCUUCCACAGCACAAAAGACGGUGUAGUCCUGGGAAUCGAUCGUAAUAUUUACCCGCUUCUCUAGUCCGUUUCGCUACUUUCCACCGCCUCAGACGCCAUUAUUUCGAGUUAGUCCCUCCCUACUUUUGCCGUGCACUCAGUGUGAACGCAAAGGCUGAGUGGAAAUGCCGCAGCCUACGUCAAGAUGCCCGUCCCGAAUGAAAAUCUAUUCGAUCAAACAAAAAUAUCAGUUCAUGGUGGGGAAAAGACUAAACGAAAACUGUCAGGUUUGGCUUCGUCUCCCAUCUGUUGCGCUCACAGCAGACAUGCAAGUGUAAACCUAAAUAGCUCCUAAAUGUGUGUCGUAUACCCGCAGAGCAUGCUGACAAAAACAACAGUAGGAUGUGUUCAGUAGACGUACCAUGUCAUUGGCAGAACCUCCUUGUUGUUUUGUGGCGCUUUUUUUUUUGUUUGUUUUUUGUUAAUUUGAUUUUCGGUUUGAAGAAGAAGAAAAAAGUGUUUAUUGUGAUUACUGUUAUUUAGUGAUGUGAUGAUUAAACAUUAAAUAAAAAUGGAUUAAAAUUCUCA